AUGAGAGAUAAAUGUAACGGAGAAUAUUCACGUUGUCGAAUAUGUCUUGUUAAUCUUAUAAACGGUCAAACACAUGUAUGUUCGAAUACAGUCCGAUGUGCUCAGUGUGAUGGAGAGCAUCAUUCGUUAUCUAGUGAAUGUGAAAAAGUAGUUGAAUAUCGAUCAAAUCUAAAAGAGCAAGUUGAACAUGCAUUAUCAGCAGGCAAACUACAACGUUUAAUGCCCCAAGAUCAUGUUCAACCAACGGAAUUUCGGCUGAAGCAAAAUGAAUUCCCGUCACUGCCAUCACUAAUGUCUUGCACUACUCCAUGGAAACAAACUUCAGUACCAUCAGCAGUAACAAAUAAUAUAAAUGGAAUCGAAGAUACAACGAAAUUACUGCUCUCGAUAAAUCAAAACAUUCUGGAUAUGAAAGAUAAUACUCGGCGUAUUGAUGAAAAAUUAGAUUGCAUUGACGAGAAGGUAAAUCGUACAUCUCUAGAUGUUAAGCUGCAUAAUGAAAUACUAAUGAAAUUACUACCUACACUCGCAUCAUUAGUCGAUAAAUUUAUCUGGCCGAUGAUGUUAAACGAUGUUGCAGGAUUGAGAAAUAAACAGGAUCAAUUACAAAAAAUUUAUAGCAAUUUUAACUCUCAAUUAAAUUAUUUGAAAACGGAUUACACGGCUCGACGAAAACAUAGUUCAUCUCCACUGCCACAACUCUCUCCAUCGCAACCAACGUCGAGUGCAUCUAACAUCACGCCGAAUAAUGAAACUGAUCAAAAUAUGAGCCGAUAG